CGAGGCAGAUGUCGUGACCAGUGACACGUACUUGAGAGCAAAACGCCGAGUGAAUUUUAUCCAGAGGAAUUUGCCAUCGGUAAUAUUAUUAUUAAAAUAAAAUCAGUGAUUUUCCCUGACACACGUGUUUUCCAUACUCCAGGAAUUCCUCGACUCCUGGUGAUUGCGAUAAACAUCGGCUUCAGUGUCUCCCCUUUUUUCGAUUUCAAUUGAAUAAAUUAGCGAACUCUCGGUGAAAAAAAAGUGAAAAAGAGUCGACAAAUGCAGUGAUAUGCAAUACUUAGAUGUUUUUUUAGAGCUGCCAUCGAAUCCUACCCGGGAGAUAUCCCCAAUAUUCCUGAAGAGUCAUGUCACGAAGCAGCUGAAGCAGUUAUUCGGGGAGAAAGGAUCAUCCUGUGAGAUCGACAUUCUGAAAUACACGUCAAAGACCCGUAGCUUGAUAAUCCGUUGCCGAGACGAGGACUACGUAAGACUGCGAUCAUCCUUGACGCUAGCAAGUGCCUACGAAGAAGACCUCUGUGUCUACACGAUCACCAAAUCAUCAUCGAGUCCCUUCGGACUGUUGUCCAACGGUCGAGGCUACUCCCACUGACGCCCAUCUCCAAC